AUGUCUAUUAAUAAAUAAACAUAAAAAGAAAUGAAUUUAUAAGAUGAUAUUUGUCCUGAUAAUUUUUCUGCAGGAGGAAAGUCAUAGAGCUUUGAAAGUAUUGAUGAUAUUAUAUAUUUAAAAGAUCAUUUAGAAACAAAAGAUUUACCAUAAUAUGAAGAUUUCGCUAUAAAAAUGAAAAAUAAAAUGAAUUCAAAAUAAUAAGCAACUUUAAACAAGUUCAUUGGAGAUAGUUCAAUUAGCAUGGAAAGUAUAGAAGAUAUAUUGCAUAUUAAAGAAUCUCUACAAAAUAAAGAUUUUUUAGAAAAUGAAUAAUAUCAUCAAUAAAAUAAUAAAAUAACUUAUCAAUAAAUAGCUUAGAGUGGUAUUGAUCUCAAAAUGAAUCCUUAAAAUAUGACUCAUCAAGUCUCAACAAAGUCAAGAUAAUAAAUUUCUUUUUGGAUAGAACUAGAAUAUCUUUACAGAAAAUUAGCAAAUCCUUAAAAACAAUUAAAUGCAAAAUCAAGUACAAUUAAAGCAAAAUAUUGGAAACCCAAAUAAUUAAUGCAAUAGUUAGCAAAUAAAGGAAACUCAAAAUUUUAUAAUUUAAGGCUCAGAUAAUCUAAAGCAGCAGUCAAAACAUCUAAUUUUAACAUGAUUUGUAACUAGGGUAGUCAUAAUUUUAAUAGAAUUAAUAAAAAGGGCAAUUCUAAUUUUAAUAGAACUAGUAAUAAGGGUAACAAUAUUUUUAAUAGAAUUAGCAAUAAGAGUAAUCCUAAUUUUAAAUACAGUAACAAUACUAUCACUAUCAGUAAUAGAUUAAUAUUAACUAAUAAAAUUGCAAUAAUAAUUAAAUUGAACUAUUAAAUUACCAGAAAAAGUAAAACUAAUAAUCAGAAUUUAAUAAAUAAGAACAAUGACAAAAAUAAUAUUAAUGAUAAUAGCAACUUAAAGCAAAUACUUUAUUCUAAUUGCCUAAUUCAUAAAAAGAAUAAAUUAAUGAAUGCCAAAAUAAUCUAAAGUUGA